GUCGAGACAUCAUGGCGCAUGGUUGAGGGCGAACAUGACAGCUUCGACACAUCCGUCGUCCCUGAUCAUCUUCUCGACGACGACAUCCUGUCGGUUGGUGGAAGCGGGCCCUCGCAGCUGUCCAACCUGUCACAGCUCUCGGGGCUGUCCUCACAGUCUAACGGGGACUGGGACUACAGAGGAUCCUCUCAGGACAGCAGCACAAUCCAAGACUUUAUCACCAGAGCAGACGAUGAGAGAGUCAUCAUGAGAUCGCCCUUCCAGCCCUCCGUUCCCGGUGCCGUGAGGCGGUCGCAGCCUGCGCAAAACCAUGGCAACCAAUCACCAGAGCCGGUCUUCUACAUGCCCCGUGUGGACAUCGAGGGCUCGCGGCACACGUGGUCGGCACGUUCAUCUGGGACCAUCAAGCCGCCCGGCGAGCCAGCAGCCUACGCUCGACAGCGACGGGGCGUGCGCCAGCCAAGGUCGGAACAACGGCCUGCGCCUGAAUCUAUAUUCGCCCGACCACCACCAGAAGAGCCCUCGGUCGGACAGCGCCUGGCCACCUCGCUGCCGCAUGCGUUGUAUGACACCCUCGCCUGGGCCUUUGGCGUCGUGGGCAUGGCCUUCCGCUACGCACAGAAGCCGUUGGCCCUGGCGCUCGCCAUCUACUUUGUCUUUGGCGCGCUUAUGAUCGCGUCCACCUGGCUCACGCAGUCCUUUCAGGCCGCACUCUCGCCAAUAUGCAGCAUCCCAGGCCUCACUAUGGUCGUGGACCUACCCUUCUGCCCCUCGCGGCCCGACUCGAACGGCAGCCCCGCGAAGCCUGUCGAGUUUGACAGUCUCAUGAGCGCACAGGAGCCUCUAGAAGAUAUUCUCGAGAAGUCUGCCGGCUACAUCAGCCUCCCGCUGGAUAUGAUGCACGGCGUGAGGUCGGUGCGCAGCGUCAGGACGAUGGUCUUGUACUCCAACCUCGACGAGAAGGACCUGCUGUUGGUCGACCUAGACAGCUUCAUCGAGGCGACGGGCUCCGCCACGCACCUGCUCCAUGCGUUCAACAUACACGUCGGCUCGACCAUCGACGCCGUCAUCAACAUCAACACCUGGACAAAGAGGCAGCUGGAGAGGAUGGCCGAGGCGGAGCAGCACAGCCUCGGGUGGAUCUCGAAUGUCGCGAGCUGGAUCUUUGCGCCUUUCCAGCCCGUCGUGUCUCCGGAACAAACCGUGGCGGAGAAGUAUGUGCAGCACACCGCCGGGGUGUCCAGGCGGAUCAGCCAGCUCAUUGACGAGGCCUACGACGCGCUCUCGUAUCUCGUGGUCGCGGAGGAUCACCUCGACUCGAUACACGCUUUCGGCGUCAGCCGGUCCCAGGACAUCCGCGCCCAGCAGGACGGCGACAGGUGGAUGAGCUUCCUCCGGCGCAUCGGCGUCAACAUCGGCCGCGUGCGCGACCUCGACGAGAAGCUCAAGCUGCUGCACCGCGUCGAGAUGUACAGGAAGAUGGCCGCCACCCAGCUCACCGAGCUCAUCGCCGACCUGACCCGCGUCCAGCUCGAGCUGGGCCAGCUGGGCGCCGCGGUCGAGGGGCCCGACGACUCGGCCUCCGCCACCGACGAGCCCCUGCCGCUGGCCGUGCACAUCGAGACCAUCAACAGCGGCAUCGAGAGGCUGCAGCAUGCGAGGAGGCGCAUUAGGGAGGAGGAGCAAGACCGGUUCGAGCAGGCCGCUGGGAGGAGAAAGGAGAGCGAGAAGCUUAUCGAGGCG